GCGUGUUGCUCGAGUCUCCGUCUCCAUUCUGGCUUCUGGCAUAACUGAAUCAGACAUUAGACUUGUCAGGUCGGUCAGAGCCGCAUCCAACAGUGAGAGGUUUGAUUCAUUCACGAAACUCGGAAUAUAACAUGUGGCAUCAAAGUUAAUUCUUUGAACAAUUGCUUCUUUGAAGAUCACAUAAUGUUUUCUGCCAUUAAAAGAUUAACUGGCAAAUCAGAUGGUAUCGGCAAUGUGUCUCCUAGGCCAGCCCAUCAAUCUAUGCCAACAAAUCUUCAGAGAAAGUUUGCCAAAGGUGUACAAUAUAACAUGAAAAUAAUAAUAAAGGGAGACAGGAAUGUAGGAAAGACAUGUUUAUUCUAUAGACUGCAAGGGCAAAAGUUUAUCGAAGAAUAUAUACCCACAGAAGAGAUACAGGUGGCUAGUAUACAAUGGAAUUACAAAGCUACCGACGAUGUAGUAAAAGUGGAGGUAUGGGAUGUCGUAGAUCGUGGCAGACGUCGCCGGAAAUUGGAAGGUUUAAAGAUGGAUAAUACUCCGACUAAUGCGGAAAACGUUAUCGAGGAACCAGCUCUAGAUGCCGAGUUUCUUGAUGUUUACAAAGGUACCAACGGCGUUAUUAUCGUGAUGGAUAUCACGAAGAGUUGGACAUUUGACUAUGUUCAACGAGAAUUGCCGAAAAUACCUAGCCAUAUUCCUGUUAUCGUUCUUGGCAAUCAUUGUGAUAUGUCGCAUCACAGAACUGUCACCGCUGAUCAUGUGACAUACUUUAUAGACUCGUUACACGAAAGAACCGCACAAGUAAGAUACGCGGAAUCGUCGAUGCGAAAUGGUUUCGGUUUAAAACUACUGCACAAAUUUUUUAAUCUACCAUUUUUGCAACUACAACGUGAAACAUUGUUGAAGCAGCUUGAGACUAACGAGGAGGAAACACGUUUAACCACUCAAGAACUCGAUCUAUUCCAGGACAGUGACGACGCCGAUUAUAAUAAAUUCCUAGAUAAUCUUGUGAACCGAAGGAGAGCUCUUGCCGAUUCAGUAUCCGCUAGUAAUCUAGUCUCAAAUGUUCCAUCAUCCAUGAGUAGCUAUCAUCUUUCCAACAAUGCGAACUUUCCGAAUGCCAUCGGAGAAGUUAAAAGGUCAGCUUCAAUGCCCGGUCCAAUUGGCGGCGGAACUCCGAUCCCAAUAAAAAAUUUGGAGAUGAAAUCAUUAUCGAAAAAAGAGAGCUCCGCGACAAACACGUUAAAUAAUUUAUCAAAUUCUAUGAAAGCUUCGCAAAUUGUGAUAUCACCCAUUUCGCAAAAUUCUGCUGUUAAAAUAGAAACAGCUAAACCGGCUGAAUCCAUUAAUGACAACGGCGAGAGAAAAGAUUCGCUCAAUCGUCCGCCAUCUCUCAUGUCCAAAAUCUUUGGCCACAAGAAGGAAGAUGAGACAGACGGAAAAUUGCCAAAUGUUAAAAAUCUUAAUUUAAAUGCACCAUUGACUAGUGUUGAAGACUUUGUGCCAGAUGAUGGAAUGCUGGAUAGAUCGUUUUUGGAAGAUAGUAGCCAAGUCUCGCCACAAAAAAUGCAGCAAGAAGAAAUAGAUUCUGAGAGUGACACAGAGACUGCCAAUCCUUUAGUAGCUGGUUAUGAAGAUGACUUGUCAUCCAUUGAAGAAGUAGCUUCUCCUAUACAGCCGAAAUUAGCAGAAAACCCGCUGUCUAAACAAAAGCAUAAAUUAGAGCCGCUAUCAGGUCCAGAAAUAAAUGUUGAGAAGCCAAAUCAAAUUAUGAAACGCGACUCUGUUUCUUCUAUAGAGCAAGAAUUGCGUAUUUCGAAUAAUUAUGAAUCAAACGAGCAGUCGGACAUGAAUUCGGACGCUAUUGAUAACUGGUUGCGACGGGAUUCCAAGUGGCGGCAGAGUCCUGAAGGAGGUGAAGACGUGAGCAGUACCAGUACAAGGAAGGACAGAUUAGAAUUGAGCGAUAAGAGUCUAGAUGUCAGUAUGACAAGCUCCAAUGUUCAUCUGGAGCUGCUUGAUGACACUAGCUUGCGUCAUAUAAACUCUAAUGCCAGUAGUCCGGUGAUGAAAGAAAGAAAGAAACAUAAAGAGAAGGGGGAUGAGAAAGAGAAAAGGAAAAAGAAGAAAGCAAAGGACAAGGAUAAGGAUAAGGAAAAAACAGAAAAGACUGAAAAGAAAAAGAAACGCUCAUCGCAUCGAUCGAGGGACGAGAACAAGGAGCGAGAUGAACUCGAGGAGUUUUUAAAUGGCUCAGCCACAAGAAUCGGUGUUGAUGUUGCUUACGAGGCGAUUUAGCAUUCCAACAAAAUUAUCGGUAAUAUUUUUUGGAAGCCAUGCGUAUCUUGCAAAAAAGAAAAAAAAGACUUUGCUCCAUAUAAGAUUCCUGGAUGUUAAUGUAUGUUAUACUAUUGAAAACAAAGAAAAAAGAUUAUUAUUGGUGCAAAAAAAUAAUGUUUCAAAUUAUAAUUAAUCUAUAAAAAUACAUUUAUUUUCCAUAAACCUAGUCGUACGUGCGCUUUUGGACCGCGUUAGCUCGCAUUUUAACCGGGCUCGGUUUGCUGAAGAUUGUGGUUUUUACGGAAGAUAUGUUUUAACAAUCAAGUCGCUCAUUUAUAUUGCAUUUCUGAUCUUAGAUUUUUGACAAUUUUUAACAUGUAUUUGAAAAAUUGUAAAUCAUGAAGAGUUAAUGGAUUCUUGUAUGAAUGGAUAUAUGUGAAUAUCUUUUACCCAGUAUGAUAAAGUGAUAUAAUAAUUAUGUGGUGUUGCAAUGGAUAUUUAUAGAAUUAUUUAAUUAUAUUUUAAUUUUCUAUAUUUGUUUUUUUUUGUAUUAAGGUUUAUAUAUUUAUCAUUGAUAUCAUAUACACUCAUGACUUCAUCUUUAACUUAGUAUAUAUAUUGUUCUUGUUAAACAUAUAAUUUAAAAAAAAAGUUAUUCUCUCCUAUAUAAAAAAGUGUUAUAUUAUUAAUGUGUUGUAUUUUUUCAUAACAUUGUAUAGCAUUGCAGUCAUUGCAGCUUCAU